AUGAAACUGAGCAAUAUACGGCUUAAACCUAAUACAAGACACAACAACGCCUCCAUUUGUCUGAUUCUCUCCAUCGCCUACGCCGCAACAGCUACACCCGGAGACGUUCGACCAGCUACAGGUUUCGUUUUUUUUUUUUCCUUUGCAAUGAAGAAGAAGCUGCAAAAGGGGACACUAUCUACAGAUGACCUCAAAACCCUAAUCCACGAUCAUGCUCUUUUCUUUGACAAACUAGUUGAAUUAAUCCCUGCAAAAUUCUACCUUCCCGUUGAAGAAGAUUCAAAACCCUGGUUCCAAGGCCUGAGCAAAGGCAAAAAAGCCUCUCUCAAACAACAAACACGAGAUAACAUCAAGAAAUCCCGCCGAGAUCGCCUUGACCCUGAGAAAUCACAAACCACAACUCUAGACCUCCUCAAAAAAAGUAUUAGCAAGAAUGAAAACAGUAACAAGGAUUCUGAUGAUGAUGAUGAUGAUGAAGAAGAAGAAGAAGAAAUCGAAAUUAAAGUGAAGCCCAUUACAAAUUUCGAUGGUGAAACAAGUAACAAGUCUGUUACCUAUGAAGAGCUACGCCAGAGAUUGCAUUCUAAGCUUGAAAUGCUUAAAGCGAAUCGAGGGGAAGGGAAAAGAACAAUGAUGAUGAAUGAAAGGAGGGAAAGGGGUGAUUUUACAGACAAGAAACGGAAGAGGGAAGAUCAUGAUAAUGGUGGUAAGGGUAGUGGUAGUGGUGAUAAGGAUAAGGAUAAAGAUAAGUUUGAGGGUGAUUUUGAAUUUGGGAAAGUGAAAUUAGGAGAUGAAGAUGGGAGUAAGAAGAAGAAGGUGAAGAAGGGUUCAAAAGUACAGGAGUUGGAAAAGGCAAAGAAGUUGAAGGAAGCAAAGAAGGAAGAUGUUGUGGUGGCUACAAAGCAUUCAUGGAAGGCUGCAACUGAAAAGGCGAUGGGAGUGAAGGUUCAUGAUGAUCCAAAGCUUUUGAAGAAGAGUUUACAGAAGGAUAAGAAGAGGCGUGAGAAGAGUGCAGGUAAAUGGAAGGAGAGAGUUGAGACACAGGACAAGUUGAGUAAGGAGAAACAGUCAAAGAGGAGAGGGAAUAUUGAAGAGAGGGCUAACCAGAAGAAAGCUAGGAAGAUUGCCAAGAGGGAGAAGAAAUUGAUGAGGCCUGGAUUUGAAGGGAGAAAAGAAGGAUAUAUUGGUGAUAAAAGGGAUUAAAAGGGUACCAAAGAUUAAUCCUUUUUUUGAUGUUUUAUGUUGCUUAUUAUGAUGAUUAGUGUUGUUUGAACUAUGAAGAAUUGGCAUGAAAGAAAUUGCUUUUUUGGUGAGAAGAGGGACUGAAAGGUGCCCAUUUUUUAUAAUCCUUAAUUGGGAUGUUUCAUGUUGCCUCUUAUAAUUGAUUCAUCUUUCCUCUGCUUGAUGUUUCAUGUUGUUUUUUGUAAUGGGCUAAAUGCAAGAAACAGCUAUGUAUUUCUAUUUAUUCUUGUAUUAUACAAUCUUACUGUUCUUAUUGUUUUGUUACAGCCUUGUACCUCAAUUCUUUUCAUGUUAAGGCAAUCUACUUUGAGAAGUCUGGAAUUAUAGCAUUUUUUCUUUUUCUUAUCAAACAUUAUAUUUACAAAUAAUCUAUCCAGUUAUAGCAGUGAUAAAAUGCGUUGUAUUUAGACAGCAUUGAAAGUACAUUGUUAUUUUUUUCAUGUUUGAUCUUUUAUUAUUUGUCCAUGUUUUUCCUUGUUCAGCAAUGGCAUUUGGAUUUCAGUAAUGGGUUGUUUAUCAAUUGUUAUUGAUAUUGUUUGUAUUAAUUAUUAAAG